UAGAUCGGGGCACGCAAUCGGGCUGUCAGGAGAGCGUCAGCUUAUUAGGCAAGUUCUGCGUGAUUCCAGGAGAGGGUCUAAGCUAUAAAAAUCCCGCGCCCCGGCUCUGAUUAGUACCAAAUCUGAUCCCAAGUUCGCCAGGAGCCGGCUCCGAGGUAGAGGAGAGGAAGGGACCGCCGGGCACCGCCGAGUCCCGCCGCCGCCCGCCCUGCCCUGCCGCCGCCGCCGCCCCAGGUUUGGGCCCCGAUCAUGAAGAUCCCGCUGCUGGUCUCCACGGGAAUCCUGCUGGUCGCCCUCCUGCCCUGCCAGGAGUGCAGAGCUCUCAGCAAGAGCCCGGCAGCCGCCUCUGGGGCUCUGCGCCAGCCAGAUUUCUUCCAGCUGCAGCAGCAACAGCAGCAGCAGCAGCAAACUCUGCCCGUCCUGCUCCGCAUGGGAGAAGAGUAUUUCCUGCGCCUGGGCAACCUUCACAAGAGACCCGUUGGCUCUUUCUCCGCCUCCUCCAGCAGCACCAGUCACCUACAGCCCGAAGCCUCCGCCAGCAACUUUUUCCGGGCGGCGGUUCAACAGCUGCAGCAGCUGCCCGAGCGCUCGCCGGGGAACCGAGAGGACGGCGAAGCCGAGGGUGAGGCCGUGGAGAGGGAGAAGCGAUCCGAGGAGCCCCCUAUUUCUCUGGAUCUGACUUUCCACCUCCUGCGAGAAGUCUUAGAGAUGGCCCGAGCCGAGCAGUUAGCGCAGCAAGCUCACAGCAACAGGAAACUGAUGGAGAUAAUCGGGAAGUGA